GAAUUUGCAAGCAGAUCUCAAGAAACUUCUUGUGAUAUUCCCUAUUUUUCUGAGGAGUCGACCGGAGCGCAACAAAGAUGAACUGGAAAGAAAUCCUUUUUCUCUCUUGCCUUGCAACUUUUGUGCUCUUGGUUGUUCUUGAGGAAAGCGACAGCGCUGCUGUGGGCACCAGGAAGGCAGCUGGGGAAGAGGACAAGGAAAGUGUGAAAAAGAAGAUUUUUAUACAAGAAUCGGAUGCCUCUAACUUCUUCAAAAAGCGUGGCAAGCGAGCCACCAAAUCCAGAGAUGAGCUCAAUGCGGAGACCCGGCAAAUGCUGAUUGCUGAUGAGCAAAGGAGGGAGUACUUUGAAGAGCAAAGGAAUGAGUUUGAGAAUUUUGUGAAGGAAGAACGUAAAGAGCAGCAGGAGAGAAGCCGGGAACAGAUCGAGCAAUGGCGUCAAUAUCACUACGACGGUCUCUACCCGUCUUACAUGUACAACCGUCACCACAUCUAGAUGUGAGAAGCGUGAACUAAAAAAGUUAAAUAUUUGCUGACUAAGCCGUUCACAGGACACCAAAGAAGCAACCACAUUUCCAAAGUCUUGGCCAUGUCAUGGAUCCCACUGUGCAAUCUACUCCACCAAGCCCUCCUCCUAUAUUAUUUGCAUUGACUCUGUUUUAAUGGAUAGAGCUUCUCAUGGGAUGCUGCUUUGCUUUGUAUUUUGAGGUGCUCGUAUGUGUGACAAAAUCUGGAUUUAAAACACAAAGGUGGAACAAUGCAGACAGAAUUAGAUCCUUGAGACACGUAUAAAUCAGGAUAGUUUAGGCUGUUCAGAAUUUGUCCCAUG